GCGACUUCAGUUCAAUCGUAAACAUCAGACGGGGAGUCGGAGCAGCAUAGAAAAACAAUCCAGAGAUAACAACACUUUGUAAUAUUCAUACAGAUCUCACAUACCGGGAUUACAGUGUGGUGGGAAAGAUAAUUUACACCGAGGAAUAAACACCGAGGUGCUUUGGGGGGGCGUUCUUAAAAGAUAAAGAUGGUCCUGUCGUUGGUGAACCUGUGCGCCCGGGAGGUAGUGAGCGACCACAGCUCUUCGCCGCAUUGGUUAAGUUGUGUGCCGAGGGAGCUCUUCCGAGCGCUGCUGGACGCCGCCUUUUCUCACCGCCGUCCUCUAGCCGUCGGCGAGCUCGUCCAGCGGUGGCCUGAGCGGACACUGACUGUGGGAGACAGCAGAAGAGCGGUCCAGUGCCCUCCCAACCGCCUCUGCGUUCAGGCUCUGCUGCUGGCUGUGGUCAGGGGACUGACGGACAAGAGGUGUUGCCUGCAGGUGCUGGAUCUCAGUGGACUUCAGUGUGAGGAUGGGAGAGUUGAAGACUCAAUGGGUGGAUGGUCCCUCACUGUUGCCCUCUCCUCAAUGGUGCUACAAGCUCGAGAUGCAGCAGCCUUCAGGGCUCACAGGAGAGAUUGUGAACGAGAGCGAAAAAGGGGGCUGGAAGCAGAGCGCGACCGGAGUGCUAUAAAACGAGACAGGGGCACUGUAGGGUGCGGGAAUAGUGGUGAAGGGAGUCAGGGAGGACACCAAGUGGAAGUAGUAGGGGAAAUGGAGUGCAGAACUAGCGAACACACGUUACCAGAAGUUGAGUCAGUGAAGGGUGUCAGAAGGAGGAUGGAAAUCCAGAGGAGAAAGAUUUCAUCUGAGGUGAAAUCGAACACUAGCAGUAAUAACGGUAGCUUAUGUGACCAAGAAUGGGACGAGGUAGCUGUGCUCCAUGUCAGGGCUGACUUAUUUAUCAAUUCUCGUUCCUGGUUGCGUGUCCGUGAUGCCCUUAGUCAACUGGGACAAUUGAAACUCCACUGCCGUUACCUUCGUGUGGAGGAACUCCCAGCAUCCUCUAUAGCUUCCUUAUUGACUCUGUUGCCUCAGCAGGAUCUUCUCGGGGUGGACCUCCGCUACUCCAGCCUUGGGGUGUCGGGCCUGGCCAUGCUACUUCCAUUGUUAGCUCCCUUCCCUCAUCUUCACUCUCUCAGACUACAUUACUGUAACUUGGACUUGCAACGCACAGAGCCUGGCCAGCAGGAGGCACUGCAGGACAUGUCUAAAGGACUGGGUUCACUGAAGAGACUGCAGAGAUUAUGCCUGACUGCACUACGACUUCCAGGACACUUGCGCUUGCUGCUCAGCUCUCUUUCCCAGCCUCUGGAGGUACUGGAGCUGCCAUACCUGUGCCUGACCUCCACUGAUCUGGCCUACCUCUCCUGCAGUCAGCAUGCUUCUUUCCUAAGAGAACUUGACCUGAGUGAGAACAAGCUUGAUGAAUCAUCCCUGCCCUCUCUGCGUCGUCUCUUAGCUCAAGCUGAAAGCUCCAUGUCUCAGCUUUCACUUUGUGGUUGUGGCCUCACAGACACUCUACUGGGAGCUCUUCUCCCCUCCCUGUCCUGCUGUCGGGCUUUACGUAGCUUAAGACUGGCCUUAAACCCACUAUCUAGGACGGGACUUCUUUCCCUGGCCCGUACAGCAGCAGGAAUCCCUUCUCUUCGUCUGCUUCUCUAUCCCAAUCCACUAGAGGAUUAUGAGCCUGGUCUGCCUGCUCUCCCCUCCAGUGCUCAGCUGCUGGACUGGCCUCUACUAGAGGAGCCUGAGAGCAGGGACUUGACGCUGAGGUUGCUGGAUGAAGUUCUGAAAUUGAGAGGACGCUCACGAGAUCUUAUUGUGACCUCUGACCUUCUGAAAUAUAGUCCAGACUUGACUGUGGAUGACUAGGCAGUGAAUGUCUCAGAGCUUGCUCUCAUAAACAUUUGACAAUCAAAACUAUGAUUAAUCGAGUACUCUCAGUUUAUAUUACUUUUAACCACUCAUGAGGAAUUUACUCGUGGUUCCGAGAUUCUUCAUGAAAAGCAAACCUAGGCUUGGACAUUUUCUUAUAAAAAAUCAAUCAUAGCAUUAUAUUGUAUGCAGCAUCUCAUAUAAAAGGAUUUUGAUUUUGCAUAUGGCUUUGCUGCCUUAUACCAUGUGUAUGGCCUGCACUGAUGGAACAAACUAAGACACCUCUUUAAUUUUUUUUUUUAAACUAAACUUGUUGACUUCAUUUUCUCAAUGCUGGAUGAAAAUGUUCUGGUUCAAUUCUCUGCUCUAGCCUCUAUUGCCAGUCUAAUUCCAUAUGUUACAUGUCUCUUGAAGAUAAUCAAGACCUAAAGGAAGGCAUAGUUUUCACAGGAAUAAAAAAAAAAUAGUUUCAAACCUGUAUUGUUUAAUGACUUGAUUAGCUUCAUACAGAACAUUCAGAAAAAGAAAAAAAAAUCUUUAAUUACUAUAAUGUUCAAAUAAUAUUCACAGACAAUUACAGGGUUCCCUACAGAGUAGUCUCUGUAUUUAGUUCCCUUCAGUUCAGUUAGUGUUUGUUUGUUUGUUUGUUAUCCUGCCUGUAUAUACCUGAGUAAUAUAUAAGUAAAUCGUUUGUAUUGGA